CAAGAAGAAUUGGUUCUUCAGUAGAUGCAUAAAACUUUUUGGAAUAGCAUGACUACUACUACUUUCCUCGCAAGGAUGUUGUUGUUUUGCGCAGCGACGUCGUGGAAUGGGAGCAGACAUCGCUUCGUCAAUGCAUUUGUUGGCUCGUCUCUCCUUCGACACCACACRGCCAAAUCGACUCGGCCGUUGCCAUCAAUGCUACCUUCCGGUCAUCAAUCGAGUCAGUUUCAACGUUCGGCAUUGCAAAGAACUCCAGUUCCAGGGAACAACUGGCGUCUGCUCUCGACAGUAUCGGGAGAAAUUGAAGAAAAAAUAAAGAUCAAGGGGGACGAGAUUCGACAAUUGAAGGCCGACGGCAUCGACAAAGAAACCCUAGCACCACACAUUAAGGAAUUGCUUGCACUUAAGGCGCAACUCGAAGACGACAACAAAUCAUCGCUCGAGGAACUGAACAAGAAAAUUGCGGAAAAGGGAGAUCAGAUCCGUCAACUAAAGGCCGAUGGAGUGGAUAAGGAAACCCUGGCACCGCACAUUGAGGAACUYSUCUCUCUCAAGGCAAAGCUCCCUACAGAUGARUCAGCGGAGAAAAAGCCUGCUCAGAAAAAGAAAGGGGGAAAGCAAAAACAAAAGCAGAACCAGAACAACAAUAAGAAAAAGGCAGACGAGCCUCUCUCCGAAUCCGAAAUUAAAUUGAACCGUCUGGCAAAGGUUGACGCCAUGCGAGAAGCAAACGUGGAGCCUUUUGAAUACACAUAUGACGUCACCACCUCAGCUUCCCGAUUGGCAGCCGACUACAGCGRCAAAUUGGAACCCGGCGAGGAAGACGAAGAGUCCGACGUGGGYGUCGCAGGUCGUAUCAUGACUCGUCGAGUCUUCGGAAAAUUGGCCUUUUUCUCACUGCAAGAUGAGACRGGAAUCAUUCAAUUACAGUUUGACAAGAAACGACUGGGUGAUACAUUCAAGGUAUGUAAUAAAAAAUUGAAUCGGAACAAAUUCAAGGUUUUCGUUGUCAAAAWGUGUCUUUUUGCUAGCAUCGUCGCUUUCUCAAAUGAAGACAAUGUUCUUGCUUUUAUUUUUCAUUUUGAAAUCUUGAAAAUCGCCUCUAGGGCAUCAAAAAUUGGACGGACGGUGGAGACAUUAUUGGUGUACGAGGUUCGGUGAGACGAACCGAUAAGGGUGAACUGACAGUUUAUGCUACUGAAUGGAAAAUGCUGACUAAGUCAGUUUUGCCUCUGCCUGAUAAGUGGGCAGGACUCAAAGAUGUCACAAAACGUUAUCGGCAGCGUCACGUAGAUUUGAUUGUAAAUCCUGAUGUACGAGAUACCUUCCGCAAACGUGCAAAAAUCACAUCGAUGAUGCGGCGGCUGUUGGACGAAGAUGGAUUUUUGGAAAUCGAGACUCCCGUUAUGCACUCGCAGAGUGGAGGAGCGGAAGCUAAACCAUUUGAAACCUACCACAAUUCAUUGGAUAUGGAUUUAACUCUUCGAAUUGCAACAGAAUUGCAUCUGAAACGUCUCAUUAUUGGGGGAUUCGAUAGGGUAUACGAAUUGGGACGUAUUUUCCGCAACGAAGGACUGUCUACGCGACACAAUCCUGAGUUCACAUCGAUCGAGCUUUAUCAAGCAUAUGCAGACUAUGACGACAUGAUGGAACUCACCGAAAACUUAGUGUGCAGUGAGUAAUAUGUUCUUGCAAAUUUUUUUCGUAGCGUCCUUCGGUGUUUCGUUUUGUUCCAYUGACUUCCUUUCUUACCAAAUUUGUUCUGCCACCUCCAUUUACAGCAAUCGCUGAAGAGGUUUGUGGCGGUUUGGUAAUUCCUUAUGGAGAGCAUACCGUAAGUCUUGAAAAACCUUGGCGGCGUGUCACCAUGCAUGACAUUGUCAAGGAGGAGAUCCCGGACUUCGAUUUCGCGGCUCUUGACCUCGACGAUCCGGAAUCACUUGUGAAGGCCAAGGCUGCCGCUGCCUCGGCUAAUGUUCCGGGAGUUGAGGAUCUCAACUCGGUGGGCGACGUCUUGAACACAUGCUUUGAAGAACUUUGUGAGCCAAAAUUGAUUCAGCCAACAUUCGUGAUCGAUUAUCCCGUGGAGGUAAGCCCUCUGUCAAAACCUCAUCGCAGCAAACCAGGAUUGGUCGAACGCUUCGAACUGUUCGCUGUUGGAAGGGAGCAUGCGAACUCGUUUAGUGAAUUGACUGAUCCAGUGGAUCAGCGUGAACGAUUUGAAGCUCAAGCCGCAAAGAAGGCUGCUGGAGACGAUGAGGCAUGUGACRUCGAUGAAGAAUUCUUGACGGCUCUUGAACAGGGCAUGCCUCCCACUGGUGGAUUGGGUAUUGGUAUCGAUCGUCUUGUUAUGCUCUUAACAAAUUCUCCGUCAAUCCGUGAUGUUAUUGCCUUUCCUCUACUAAGGAAGGAAGAUGGCAAUUAACUUAAAUGCAGAAACCAUAAUUUGUGAUAGUUAAACGAACAAAUUGUAUUUUUGACCCAACCAUUUCGCAUAUAUCCCAAAGUUGCUGAACAGUUGAAGACAUUCUUACUUGAGAUUUCCCCUUCGCUCGUUGUUAAGCAAAAUCACAACUUUGCCAUCUUGAYAAUUUUCAUCAAAACAAAGAAAUGCCAAUUAGCACUGUCUAGACAAUUAUUCUGACGCCCAUUAUUUGGCUUGCAUACAACUAUUACUAGUAGUAGUAUUACUUGCAUAAAGUAUAGAAGUAGUUGUACUUCCGUUUGCCCUCUCUGAUGAUACAGUACCAAUGAUCGAAAUUAUCAUUCCAAAUUACACUCUGUAUYUUCUACUGACUAAUUGCUUCGUACGAUACUACUAUUUGUAAGCAUACUUCACUGUGUAACCCACUGUCCUGCUUUCUUCCGCGAAAACGAUAGCCACGAUCCUGCCRGUGGGGGGCUGAAGUAUGAGCAUCGUUCAUGCGUCGUAGAAAACUAGAAGUAGAUUUCCUGCGACGAGGUGCGCGGAAAGGCUCAACAUUCAACGAGGAGCAAAAUCGAAGGAAUUUCUGAGUGGCAAGAAUAGCCAGCAGAAAAAUAAUGAGAAACAGUCCGAUUGAUGACACACAAAAUACUGAACGAAUCGUAAUCCUAGAAGUACCACUGAAUAMUACGACCGUGAGGCUAAGAGUUGGAGCACAGACUGAAAUUUACUGCAAGAGAAGUAAAACAAGGCCGGGUGGAGCCCACUUUCAUGACAAAGGGAUAAAUUGAAGCAACGAAUUUCGGUAGAUAAGGAUACCAGUUCUUGGCUKUAGGUGUCCAUUUUUCCUGAAGACGCAUUUUUCACGUGUUUAAGUUCAUUAUAUGCGUCGUCGCGAGCAGCCGAAUUGUUGCAGCCUUCACAACGAUUGUUCGAUUUGGUUCAGAAUAAGAUGGAGAAAGCCGACCCCGAAGAUUUGUCGGUAGAGCUGACGACCUUCAACGAGGAAGAAUCACCGUUGUCGAUUGCGGAGGCAGAAACCCAUCGCCAACAAGARCAGCAACUAAUGCAACAGCAACUAAAUUCUACCAUCUCCACUUCGAUGCCCCCGCUGCAGCCUACAUCACUAACUGCUGGGGACAAAACAAGCAGCAACGGGUUUUUAGAAGAAACACURAAAGAAAUACGCCAACUGCCAAAAGAAAUACGGAACAUUCUCGCAGGAGGUCUUGCAGGAAUGAUAGCSAAGAGUUUCGUUGCUCCAUUUGAUCGGAUAAAAAUAUUAUAUCAGGUUUCUUCRGCCGAAUUCCACAUAAAAUAUGUUCCUGGCAUUGCCAAACGAAUCAUCCAGACGGAAGGACUUUCCGCUUUGUGGAAAGGAAAUACCGCUACAUUGAUUAGAGUCUUUCCGUACUCUGGCAUUCAGUUUAUGGUAUUCGACCGUUGCAAAACGUAUCUUUUGAAGGAACAAGAAUUGAACUACCGUCGUGAAAAAGCUCUCCAUCCCGACACACCAAAACCGAUCUGGGGCUUAUCGCCUCUAGAAAGUUUGUGUGCAGGCAUGGCGGCCGGUGCGGUCAGUGUCGUUGCKACCUAUCCGUUGGAUCUAACCCGUUCGCAACUUGCUGUUUUGAAGACGAAAAAGGGGCGAUCCUCCUCCAAUGUUGGAUUUGGAGCUGCUUUGCUCAGCAAUUAUAGGGAUCGAGGCGCGGUCGGUCUUUUUCGGGGUAUCACUCCAACGCUAAUGGGGAUUUUGCCGUAUUCUGGAUUAGCCUUUUCCUUCAACGAGCAAGCGAAACGAAAGGUACGUGGAAUCUAGUGGAUUUGGUUCUUCCAAUUUUCUGAUACAGUGCCUUUUCAGACUCUUUGUCAUYGUGGGAAAAAUGAUGGCUCGCAUCGACAAGCUAUUGGCCCAAAAAUCUUCCCAUCUGAACAAGCACCAUUUUUUGACAUUUUGUUGUUGAUUUUGUUCUUUUUUAGAUUCAAAAUAUGACUGGUCGAGAUUUGACAACUAUCGAGCGAAUGCAAUGUGGAGCAUUGUCGGGAUUAUUUGCACAAACCGUGACGUAUCCACUCGAGGUCACAAGGCGGCGAAUGCAAACCAUUGGUAUCGUUCCAACCAGUGGAAAGGAUGCCGCGGUGGAUGUGGUCGGGAAGGGUCCYAGUCACAAUCCAGUUGCAGCGACGGUAAUUCKAGAAGUUGUGCCGGAUCGUCCUCCUUCCAUGUCGAGCAUCGUAAAGGAACUAUAUCAAGAACAGGGAGUUCGUGGGUUUUUCAAAGGAGUUACUCUAAACUGGUUCAAGGGACCAAUUGCCUUUUCAAUAAGCUUCACAUGCUUUGAUACGAUCCAAAACUCUCUUGCAACGGAAGCGGAGCGACGAUUUCUGUUUCCCAGGCGGAAGUCGAGAGUGUAGUUUGUAGUAACGAACAUUGCUAUAAUUGAAUGAAGAUAGUUUUUCAAACUUUGCAACCCAUGAUAUCUUCAGCAACUAGCAUAAAUAGAUGAAUUCUCGGUAG